UAUUUGUCAUUUUUUCCUCUUACUCGACCUCCUGAGCUGCUGUUCAAGUUGUGGAUGCUCGGACAAAAAAGAGACUCUGGCUGAGUGUUCCUGUAGUUCAGCGGCUCCUUCACGACAGAGAAGAAAUGCUUGUUCCCGACCAGGUCAGAUGGAUGACGGACCACAAGAUUGACAGAACAGAAGUAAACGCCCGUGUUUGUGUGGACUAAUGUGCAGACUCAGAGGUGAGUGAGCUGCUGCUGUUCGCUCAGCUCCUCUCUGCUCUGGGAAAAAAGCGGCCGAGGGAUUAUCCAGCUCGGUAACGUUAGCUCCUCGGCUAACGGGGGUGAAAACACAGCAACCAGAAGAGAAGAGCCAUGAGAAGCCGCUGGAGCCAGUGAAAGUUGGCUUUACUUCGGGGUACUUUAAUGUACGGACACACACAGAGAAGGAGGUUCGCGGAUCAUCAUGCCGUCUCCACCAACAACGGGAACUUUUCUCUAGAAGCUCCUCUUGGGAAAGGCUAGCUUUACUGGCUAGCUCAGUGGCUACAAACUAUUUUUAAUUGGCUUUGGUGCUGCUCAAUGGCUCCUGCUUGUUUUUCCCUGUCAUAGCGACAGCUUGGGGGGAAAUUAAAAGGAGAGGCCCUGUGUGAACUUCAUGACAAACCAAAGCUUUACUCGGCUUUGAAGAAGAGUAACUUCAGAAGACGAGAGACUGGCAAAAGGGACCCAAAAUGAAGAAGCAGUUCAAUCGGAUGAAGCAGCUCGCCAAUCAAACAGUUGGCAGAGCGGAGAAAACAGAAGUCCUCAGCGAUGACCUCUUACAGAUUGAGCGGCGCAUGGAGUUGGUGCGCGUGGUGUCCCACAACACACACAAGAGGAUGGUGUCCUGUCUACAGGGACACAUCGGUGCAGAAGCAGAGAAGAGACAUUCCGUACCACGCCUCUAUACAGGAAAUGGUCAGAAAAAACUCCCUCUGACUGCACUGUCCCAGGCGAUGGUGGAAGGAGGAAACCAGUUGGGAGAAGACUCCUUGAUAGGGAAAAUGAUGGAAGUGUGCGGCGAAGCAGAGAAUCGCCUGGCGUCAGAGUUGAUGCAACAUGAGCUGCAGAUGGAGAAGGACGUUCUGGAUCCCCUCAGCCAGCUAGCAGAGGUGGACAUUCCCAACAUCCUGAAGCAGAGGAAACAGCUGGCCAAACUGGUGCUGGACUAUGAUUCUGCCAGAGCAAGAUGGUUGCAGGCAACCAAGUCGAUAAUCUCAGGAACAAACACUCAAGCACUGACGGCCAAGGCUGACCUACUCAAGGAGGAGAUGGAUGAGGCCAUGAACAAAAUGGAGCUUUGCAAGGAUCAACUCGCUGCAGACAUGUACAGUUUCUUCUCAAAAGAAGGGGACUACGCUCGCUACUUCGUAACACUAUUAGAAGCUCAAGCUGAUUACCACAGAAAGUCUCUCACUGUGUUGGAGUGCGUCUUGCCAACUAUCCAGGCUCAGCAAGACUCGUGGACAGAGAAGCCUGCAUUUGGCACCGGGCUGGAUGAACACCUGAAAAGGAGUGGAAGGGAGAUCGCACUGCCAUUAGAGGCCUGCGUCAUGAUGCUCCUGGAGACUGGCAUGAAGGAAGAGGGUCUAUUCAGAAUCGCAGCAGGGGCGUCCAAGCUAAAGAAGCUAAAAGCAGCGCUGGACUGUUCCACUUCACAACUGGAGGAGUUCUACUCUGACCCCCACGCUGUCGCUGGAGCACUGAAGUCCUACCUGAGGGAACUACCUGAACCUCUAAUGUCGUACCAGCUUUACGAGGAAUGGAUCCAGGCAUCCAGUGUGUCAGACCCAGACAAGAGGCUCCAGGCACUCUGGGUUGUUUGUGAUCAGCUACCAAAGAACAACAAAACCAACAUGAGGUAUCUGGUGAAGUUUCUAGCCAAACUGGCUCAGGACAGCGAGGUGAACAAAAUGACUCCUAGCAACAUCGCCAUCGUCCUCGGACCCAACCUGCUGUGGACCAAGACUGAGGGGAGUCUGGCUGAGAUGGCUGCAGCUACCUCCGUGCACGUGGUGGCCAUCAUUGAGCCCAUCAUCCAGCAUGCUGACUGGUUCUUUCCUGAGGAUGUGGAGUUCAAUGUGUCCGGCAUGUUUGCGAUGCCUACGCCCGCGUCCAACCACAACAAUCAUCUUGAUUACGACAGUGGCACCAUUGAGAGGAAGAGGCCUGGCAGUAUGGUGGGACCGGAGAAUGACACAACACGCAAAGACAACACCCCUAACAAGCACUCGGACCACACCCUCCGUAGAGGCAGUAACACCUUAGGUAGAAAGCAGCACACUUCACCUGCCUUCCAGCCGCCUUUACCCCCUGUGGAGGCUCCGGGGCAGGGGCCCUCGGCCGAGCCCCAGCCGCAAGCUCCAUCAGGGGGUUCGGGGCCGGACGCUUCCCAGCAAAGCUUGGCACAGAGUCUGGCCGCUCUCGCAGCCGCUCAGCAGCUUCUAGCCCAGCACACAGAGGAGCUGAGCAACCCAAAGCUACGUGACUCCAGUGCUGCCCCGACCCCUCUGCUCCAGAGGAACGGCUCUGGAGGAGGGGGCCACGCUGCAGGGCAGCUGGGCACUGGGACCCCCGGGGCUGGAUCCAUGGGGCCCAGUCCGCAUAUGAUGCGCAGAGGUACCAAGAAGCAGGCCCCUGCUCCCCCUAAGCCGACGAACCCUCCACCCAGCCAGCCCUGUAAUCCAGCGAACCACGCCUCCUUCUCCUCCUCCUCAGCGCCGUCCCAGUCCCUCAGCCCGACUCCCAGACCCCUUUCCAGCCACUCGCCCACCUCGCCCAACUCCCCCAACUCGCAGCCGUGCGCCACGCCCAGACGCCACUCCAACAACCAGACCCCGAUCCAAGCGCCCAGCCAUCCGCCUCCGGAGCCUCCGUCGCAGGCCAGCCCUCCGACGCAGCCCGCGUCGCACGGCCAGCCCGGCGGGGACCAGCACAGCGCGGACCCCUCGCCUCCGGGCACCCCGACCCCUCCGGACACCCCUCCGCCCUCCGCCACAACCCAGGAUGUAGCUCCUCCGUCCCCGUCUCCCUACCAGUCGGGCUCCCUUCCCCGGCCACGACCCGUCCCCAAACCCCGGAACAGACCCAGCAUCCCGCCGCCGCCCCAGCCCACCACACUGGCCGGUGACACCAAUGGGAUCUGUGCCACCGCGUACAAGAUGAUGGACCCGGCGAUGUCUUUCAAAGGGCUGAGUCGAGCUUUGGUCCCUGAGCUCGCUGUAGACCAGCAGCCAGCGCCGGCCUCUUCCUCCUCCUUCUCCUACCUGCCUCCUCCCAAAGACUGUGACCUGGACUCUGAGAGCACUGUCCUAUAAAGGAGGAAACAACGACACGCUCCGGUCCAGCACCCCUCACGCAAUCCCUCCUCUCACAUUACACACACAGCUCAUUUAGUCUGCUCGUGUUUCGUCCCAGCCCAUAUCAGCAGCCCUCCUCUGCCGUCAUGUCCUCCUCUGUCCAACCCCUGUAUGAAGGACUUUAAAUGUGACAUAAAAUGCACCUCCCUGGCAACCAUGUUGGAGGUCCACAGCUCUUUGUAAACAAUGGCUAUGAUAGUAGAUUAUGUUAUUUGUAGCAGCUCAUAUUAAGAUCACUCAGUUGGAUUCCAAAGUAAAAAAAAAAACAUACUUAUUUCAGGUUAUCUAUGUAUUAUAUAUGUUAAAUAACUUGUAAUAUUUCAUAGUUAGAGUUGAAAAUCAAUUAAUCGAUUGAUAGAUAAUUAAUCAUCAACAAUUAGGUAUAUUUUUAUUUACGCAAAAAUACCAAAAAAAACAAGCUAAUUGAAUAUGUAAACUUGUGUUUUGGGAUAUUGUGAUUGGCAUUUUUCACUAUUUUGAUUAAUCAAAUGAUUAAUUGAGAAAAUAAUCAGCAGAUUAAUUGUUAAUUGCGACCUUUAAAACACCAUAUUAGACCACUUACUUUGACCUCCAGCCACAAUCUUCUUCAGGUAUCUCUCUGUUACAAGCCAUUAUUUACUUAGAGUCCUCUUGACCUCCCACAAUUGGGUGCCAGAUGUGGUCAUGAGGAGACUUUGUGACGCAAAUCCUCUACUGUAUACUGCAACACACCCACGCCACCGCCAUCGCCAUCGCCAUCCUUAUACUGCGCCUCCCUACAGAUCAAGCUCCAGACAAUCAAACAGCAGAGGACCGCCGAUUCACGUCAGACAACGAUGAGCAAUAUAUAAAGCAUGGGUACUGACCGGGGGAAUGCCAAAAUACGGACUGACGAGACUCGUUUGGAAUUUGGUGUGAGGUUUUGUAUUAUUUUUUUUUAUGUUUAAAAAAAAUGGCCUUAGAACAAGAAAUAAAAAAUAGAGGUAUUUCUACAGCACAGGGGGGUUGAGGGAAGAGGUCAGCAGGUGAUGUAGAAACCAAAAACUGUUGCUUAAAGUGUAGCUGGUGACUGCAGGUUUCCAGUCGACUCAAACACUUGAUUUUUGUAUGGAAACCCCGUCUUUUUUUCCCCCCUCUCUCACUCCUGUAUUUAUUUACCGAUUUAAAAAAAAAAGAAGAAAAAGAAACACAUUCCCUGUGGCUUGACGUAAUUAAUGCAGUCUUUAAAUGUAAAUCAUGCCUUAUGGGUUCCUCCCAGAACCAUGUAAUAAGCAUUAUAUAUUUACUGUAUGGAGGAUAUACUUGGCUCCUAGUACUACAGUAUUUUCCAAGAAGCUGUCUUGGCAACAAGUAUGUUUCAGGGACGUAAAGGAAGGUAAUUUGACCCUCUGCAAUAGAAGUCUUGUAUUUGUUUCCGCAAAAAAGGUUGUAUAUUUAAACUUGUGUUGGUUGAUUUCUUUGGGUUUUUAUAAGCAGAAGUAGCAGGGGUUAACCACCCGCCCAGCCUGAACACAGUCAGUAUUUUGCCUUUCUGUUUUUCCAUCGAUCUUUUGUGCAUUAAACGCAACAGGCUGCGUGUGAGCGAAUGUAGUGAAAGGACAAUUCUUACCAGCCUUGAACAGAAAGACGCAUAAACAAGCUGAUGUUGCACUUGAGCGCAGGCCAACGGAGUGGUUUCCUAGUGAACUGGUUUAGAGGAUUUUUAUUUUUUGUUUCAGUCUUUCCUACUGAGCUGAGGGCACGCAGCGCUGCGAAGCCUCAGUUGUGAUGUGGUGUUAGAUUUCGCAAAGGUCAAAAGAUUUUAAAAAUGCUUUGUUGUAUUUUUCUGUGUAAAGCUUUUUGCUGUUUUGGCCUCCGAUGUAAUAUGCAGGUUCCCAGAGAAACUGACCACGAUAUGGUACCAAUGGAGAAAGUCUUGGAUGCUGCAAGUUGCCCUGAAAAUGUUUUGUUUUUCAGAGACAAUCGAGCAUUAUAAUCCCCUCCUCCUCCUCCUCCUCUCUCUGCUCCUGUACCUCGCUGCCUUAUCCCCCCCCAACGCAUCAAGAGAGCUCGCUAUCUCGAUGGCUCUGGAAGACAAAACAAAACGCCAUUAAACUAGAAAAUGAUAAUGCUGCAUUUUUAAGCUCCAUAGUUUUGUAUGUAUGCCGUCUGGUGAGCUUAAAAUAUGGAAUAAAAAA